AUGUUCAAGAGCGGCAUUUCCGCCUUCGCCCGGACAGCCCGUCCCUCGUUCGCGGCGGCCACCCGUCGCGCCGUUCGCCCGGCUCCCCUUCUGAACCUCAGGGCGCCUUUGCUCAGCAGGUUCGCCAGCACCCAGCAGAACAAGGGCGUGGGCGAGGGCAAGAUUCACCAGGUCAUUGGUGCCGUCGUCGAUGUCAAGUUCGACACCGACAAGCUCCCCCCCAUUCUCAAUGCCCUUGAGACCACCAACAAUGGCCAGAAGCUCGUGCUCGAGGUCGCCCAACAUCUCGGCGAGAACGUCGUGAGGUGCAUUGCCAUGGACGGUACUGAGGGUCUGGUUCGUGGUGCCAAGGCCGUCGACACUGGUGCUCCCAUUACCAUCCCCGUCGGCCCUGCCACCCUUGGCCGUAUCAUGAACGUCACCGGUGACCCGAUUGACGAGCGUGGCCCCAUCGUCACUGACAAGUACGCUCCUAUUCACGCCGAUCCUCCGGAGUUCGUUGAGCAGUCGACCGAGGCCGAGAUUCUGGUCACUGGUAUCAAGGUCGUCGACCUGCUGGCUCCCUAUGCUCGUGGUGGCAAGAUUGGUCUUUUCGGUGGUGCCGGUGUCGGCAAGACUGUCUUCAUCCAGGAGCUCAUCAACAACAUCGCCAAGGCCCACGGUGGUUACUCCGUCUUCACUGGUGUCGGCGAGCGCACCCGUGAGGGUAACGAUCUGUACCACGAAAUGCAGCAGACCUCCGUCAUUCAGCUGGAUGGCGAGUCCAAGGUCGCGCUGGUCUUCGGCCAGAUGAACGAGCCCCCGGGUGCCCGUGCCCGUGUCGCCCUUACCGGUCUGACCAUUGCUGAGUACUUCCGUGACCACGAGGGCCAGGAUGUGCUGCUCUUCAUCGACAACAUCUUCCGCUUCACUCAGGCCGGUUCUGAGGUGUCUGCCCUGCUGGGUCGUAUCCCCUCUGCCGUCGGUUACCAACCCACUCUCGCCGUCGACAUGGGUGCCAUGCAGGAGCGUAUCACCACCACCAAGAAGGGCUCUAUUACCUCCGUCCAGGCCGUCUACGUGCCCGCUGACGAUCUGACGGAUCCUGCCCCUGCCACCACCUUCGCCCACUUGGAUGCCACCACUGUCUUGUCUCGUGGUAUCUCUGAGCUGGGUAUCUACCCCGCCGUCGACCCUCUUGACUCCAAGUCCCGUAUGCUCGACCCCCGUAUCGUCGGCCAGGAGCACUACGAGGUUGCCACCCGCGUCCAGCAGAUCCUCCAGGAGUACAAGUCGCUGCAGGAUAUCAUUGCCAUUCUGGGUAUGGACGAGCUGUCGGAGGCCGACAAGCUCACCGUCGAGCGUGCCCGUAAGAUCCAGCGUUUCCUGAGCCAGCCCUUCACUGUUGCUCAGGUCUUCACUGGUAUCGAGGGCAAGCUCGUCGACCUCAAGGACACCAUCGCCUCGUUCAAGGCCAUCCUCAACGGCGAGGGUGACGACCUCCCCGAGGCCGCCUUCUACAUGGUUGGCGACUUCCAGUCGGCGAAGGAGAAGGGUGCUAAGAUCCUGGCUGAGCUCGAGAAGAGCCAGGCUUAA